UUCGCCAAACUUCCGGCAGUCCCGAUGCCGGGUGCCGGUGGGGGGAGGAGGGAUCGCGCCUCUCCCGACGCCCCGGCUUGCCGCGGAUGAUGGGAGUGGUGGUCCCAUCAUUUCCACGAGCGUCCCCCCCCAAAGCCUCCUGCGGGGCUUUUCGCUCCUCCGCGCGCCUCUCGGGGAUUCCGCGGCUGGGACGAAUCCCGGCCGGAGCGCUUUGCACGCGCUCAGAGGCACGCUCGCCCGCCGUGCAGAGCCCCUCCCGCGGCGCUAUGGGGAUCAACAAGCUGGCCGAGGUCAUCAAGGAGGGGGCCCCGGACGCCGUGCGCCCCGCCAGCCUCGAGCAGUACCGCGGGCGGGUAGUCGCUCUGGACACUUCCGUGGCCAUUUAUCAGUUCUGCACAGCCAUGCCGCAGAUCAUCAACCGCCAUGGGCAAAAUAUCAGUUGCCUGCAGGGGCUCUUUUUCCGAACGCUGAGCCUCUUGGAAAAGGGCAUCCAGCCGGUCUUCGUUUUUGACGGGAAGCCCCCGGAGCUGAAGCAGCGGGUGUUAGCCAAACGGGCCACCACCUCUGGAGCCAGGAGGGGGACUGCAGACUCCGACGUUCCAGCGCGGCCCCCAAGACGAGACUCGGAGACCCUUUUGACUCUCCUGGGGGUCCCUUACAUCCAGGCCCCGGCGGAGGCAGAAGCCACAUGUGCCGCCCUGGUGAAAUCUGGCCACGCCUGGUGUGUAGCCACGGAAGACAUGGACGCCCUCCCCUUUGGGGCCGUGCGCCUCCUGCGGCACCUAAGCAUGAAGAAGAGCUGUCUGGAAGAGAUCUCCUUACCCACUGUCCUGCAGAAGCUGGGGAUGACCCAGGAGCAGUUUGUGGACCUCUGCAUUCUGCUGGGCUGCGACUACUGCCACAAGAUCCGAGGACUGGGCCCCAAGAAGGCCCUGAAGCUGAUGCAGCAUCACGGAAGCAUCGAGGAGGUCCUGCGGAAUACCAGUCGCCAGAGCCACCCGAUGCCGGACGGCUGGUGCCUGGAGGAGACACGGCGGCUUUUUCUGCAGCCGGAGGUGACGGAUCCAGGCCAGGUGAUGCUGGAGUGGAAGGAACCGGAUGAGGAGGGCUUGGUGAAGUUCCUGGCGCAAGAGAAGUGCAUGAAAGAGAGCCGAGUUCGAGGUCGCCGGAAGAGGUGGCGGGAUGCCCGUCUGAAGCUCAGUGAGGCUUCCAAGUCCAAGGGCAAGGGCAAGUCAAGGAAGGCCACUGCCAGCCAGGCCAUGACGGAUUUCUUCCCGGUCAUGAAGCGCCCAAACAAGUCACCCACUCAUCAGUCUCCCAGGAAGAAGAAGCAGAAGCGCCAGGAAGAAGAAACGGAAGUGCCAGGAAGAAGAAGCGGAAGUGCCAGGAAGAAGAAGCAGAAGUGCCAGGAAGAAGAAACAAAAGUGCCAGGAAGAAGAAGCGGAAGUGCCGGGAAGAAGAGGCGGAAGUGCCGGGGGUCGUCUGAAACAGACCCAGGAAUUGGAACAGUUUCCUCCCUGGCCCAUUCCCUGGUGCUCCCUGAACUUGGUAGUGUCCCUGCAGACGUUUCAUUACCAAACUAGGUAACCCCAUCAGCGUGCCAUCCGUUCCCUUUGUCUUGCACUAGACGCCUCCUCUGGUUCCGGGAAAGUUCUCUGCUGUCCUUCAACACACAAAACCGUCGACACAAGCAUUGUAUCUUGACAGCUGAGCAAAGUCAGCCAAGAGGUUGAUGAUGCCACCUUACAAAUUAACCAUGGUUCGAUAGAAUAUUUGCGGCUGAGGGUUGGGCUGUGGGGGGCACCCCGGUGCUCUCUGAGCUUGGUGGGUUUUUUUGCGGACGUUUCAUAACCCAACUAGGUAACGUUAUCAAGGCUAGAAGGGAGUGGAGUUUGCGGAGAAGAAGAAGAGAAAAUUGUGGGGUCCUUGGUGCUCUCUGAGCUUGGUGGUUUUCUUGCAGACAUUUCAUUACCUAACUAGGUAACGUCCUCAGUGCCGGAGGGGAGUGGUGUUUAUGGAGAAGAGGAGGAGAGGGGAGGACUGUGGGGUCCAUGUUUCAUAUUGCGCAGUUUCAUGGAUCACAGACAUGGAAAAUUACCUUAAUAGACAAUUUCUACGUUCUGCCCCUUUUGCUUUGGGGAGACAAUAAAAGGAGGCAUCAAGAGGAGAUCUUGACUGUUUCCUUCCUCCCCACCUGUUUAAAUGACAGGCGGGUUUCUGCAGAAUCUAUCUUAGGAGAAAGCUCUUGAGGGUUGGCUGAUCUGUGGCCUCAUUAAGCUGAUGCAUAAUAACUAACCAAGGAAAGAAGCAACCUGAAACUAAGGAGAAACUUCCUGACAGUGAGGACAAUUAACCAGUGGAACCACCUGCCUCCAGAAGCGGUGAAUGCUCCAACACUGGAAGUUUUUAAGAAGA